CUCAUUCUUUGCCAUCGUGUGCUGGACACAUGACUUAGCGAAAAACAUGAAGUGAAUGUAACUGCCAAACCAAACGCCCAUUGAUUCUUCACGAGUUGCCUUCUACGUCCGUUUUGCUGAGUAGCCAUGAUCCCGAAGGCUGUAGUGUUUGCUCGCCGGAUUGUCUCUUGAGCUGGUCCAGCAACGUGCGCACGGAGCUAGGCCCAGCUCCGAGGCAGGACAGCAGGCCGGCGUGCGCUUCACCAAUCGUGGGGUGCGGGGCAAGGAGUUGUGCGUUGGCAGAGGCACAAACCAGGAGCAGCUGCUUGGCACACGUGCACAGUCACACGCGCGGUCUAGUCUGCAGGUCAGGGCCGCGCCAUGCACCUGGUGUUCAUCAGCACCGGGGGCACCAUCUUCCAGAAGGUGGACCCCAGCACAGGCGCCAUGGCCUGUUCGCUGGGCCUGUUCGACGUGCUACAGCCCCAGUGGCUGCAGCAACUUCAGGCGCAGCAGCAGCAGCGCCGCCAGGCCUGGCAGCAGCGGCAGCAGCAGCAGCAGCAGCAGGGCGGCGGGGCGGGGCCCACGGGGUUGCCGGGUGGGCAGGCUGCCGGAGGGGGGCCCGCGGAGCGACAGGCGUGGCCGCCUGGCGGGUGCGCCGCACGGCCUGCACCGCCGCCUGUGGCGCUGCAAAGCUGGUCGCACGUGGACCUGCGAGCUCGCAGCGGCGCGGAGCUGGGAUUCGAGACGGUCUUCGCCGCGCGGGACGCGGUGCGGCAGCAGUUGCAGCUGCACCGCCCGGACCAGGCGCCAGGGCAGGAGCAGGGGCAGGAUGAGGGGCAGGCGCAGGGCGGGACGGUGGCAGCUGGCCCAGGGAGUGGGCCCGGUGGGGUUGGGGUCGUGAAGGGCCGGGGCGGCGUGUGUUUCGUGCUGGUGACGGGCACUGACACACUGGAGGAGUUUGCGUUCAGCCUGGACCUACUGCUGGGGCUGGAGCUGGCCGCUGCGGGCUGCCCGCUGGUUGUGACUGGCGCCAUGAAGCCGUACGACAUCGAGGGCUACGACGGAGCAGCCAACCUGCAGCAGGCGGUGCAGGUGGCGUUGUGCCCGGCCGCGGCUCGCUGGGGCGUGCUGGUGUGCCUGAACGACUGCGUGCAGGCGGCGCGCUGGGCCGCCAAGGCCGACAGCCAGCUCAUGGGCGCGUUCAGGAGCCCGCAGCCGGGGGGAGCGGUGGCGCAGGUGCGGAAGGGGGGAGCGGUGGCGCAGGUGCGGAAGGGGGGAGCGGUGGCGCAGGUGCGGAAGGGGGGAGCGGUGGCGCAGGUGCGGAAGGGGGGAGCGGUGGCGCAGGUGCGGAAGGGGGGAGCGGUGGCGCAGGUGCGGAAGGGGGGAGCGGUGGCGCAGGUGCGGAAGGGGGGAGCGGUGGCGCAGGUGCGGAAGGGGGGAGCGGUGGCGCAGGUGCGGAAGGGGGGAGCGGUGGCGCAGGUGCGCGAGGGCCGUGUGCGCUUCUACUGCGGGCCGCCCGAUGACGGCGACGACGACGGCGACGAGGACGACGGCGGGCUGAGUGUUCGGGACCCGCGCUUUGCCGCCCUCACUGCUGCGGACGUGGCGCCAUGGAGCCGGGUGGGCAUCUGGACCACCGGCGUGUCGGGCUUCAUUCCCCAGGAGCUGCUGCGGCCGCCACCGCCGCCGCCGCUGCCAGUGAAUGUGACUGGCGGUGGCGGUCCCGAGGGCGCAGGCGCAGGCCCGAAAGCAGGUGGUCCAGGCGGGGCAGCAGCAGAGGCGAGCUGUGGCGGUGGUGGUCUGGUGGGGCUGGUGGUGGCGGCGCCCGGCACCGGCAGCCUGUCGGCGGCGCUGACAGAGCAGUUGGCGGCGGCGGCGGCGCACCUGCCUGUGGUGCUGGUGUCGCGCUGCGGCUGUGGCGCCAAUGCCGACGAGCACUACUACCGCGGCAGUGGCUCCAAGUACAGCCGGCGGGGGCUGCUGCUGCGCGGCUUCCCGCACUGCACGCCGCUGCAGGCCCGGGUGCUGCUGGUGCUGCGGCUGGCGGCGGGGCUGUACCCGCAGUACUGCCGGGGCGCCGGGGGCGGCACUGCUGGAGGGCAGUAGCCGGUGGUAGGGCUGGUGGUAGGGCUGCAGCGGCAAGGGUGUGCUCAGCAAUCUCGUGACUCAUGGUCUCCUGCACGGAGCAGGUGGUGCUGAUAGGUCAUGCGAAGGGGCGCUGGCUGUUGCAAGAUACGCGGCGGGACUCGGAGGGAUCGGUAUCAGGGCUCGGCGAUUGCCGGUGCGUGCGCCGGUGCCAGCAUGCACUGCGGCGACGUGACAGUACCCAUGCCAGAACGCCGUUGCACAUUUGAGGAGUGGCUGCGUCGUGUGGGGGGUAGGCGGCCGAGAGGAGUAGCGGGCCGGAUGAGGGGAGUGUGGGACAGUGGGAGUGCCAAAAAGCUUGCACGGUUCGGAGGCCGGGAAAGGCGAGCACGAACCAGGUGCACGCAGUAGAUGUCACUUUCGGCAGGCUGCCGGCUAGAUGACACGCCAAACAGCAAUUUCCUGAUAUUUGUCACUUGAAUGCUGUGCGGCAGCGCAAGAUGGGGAGCGGCGCCGCUCCGAACUCACUGCAUAACCGUUCGGGUUCGGGGAGGCACCGCCGGAGUUCCACGCGUUCUCAGUUCAUUGACGCAAGAUAAAUGUUCAGA